AUGAGAUUGAGAAUGGAUUGGAUAUUAAUUUUGGCGGCCAGUGUCACAUUGAUUGCCGCCGACUCCAAUUGGGGCAAUGAAUGGGCGCCCAUGGAAGCGGACUCCAUGCUGAGCCGACGCUCUGCUGACCCCAAUCCUCCCGCCGAGGAUGCCCAGGGACGCAACUAUGCCGUGCAUGAGAGCACUCAGAGCAAUGCCACCGAAAUUGAUACUGUUAUUGAUCAGCUGAUCAACUCCAGACGCGAGGGUCGCAAUCUGGGUGAAUAUGAUGCCGUCUAUGCCGAUGGCAACAUUGAUCAGGCCCUGCAACAGGGCAACGAUCUGCAGGCUCGCAAUCUGAUCCGUGAUAAGCUCUGUGGCUUGGGACUGAUGAGCUGCGAUGUGGAGGAGAAGCGUCCGUUUUACUCGACCAUCUAUGCCCAAGGACCUCCACCGCCGUCGGCCUUUGGCGGCGGUCCCUAUGGACCAGCCAAGCCCAUGCCACCACCCAGCUACUUUAAUGGACGUCCACCAAUGGGAGCACCACCAUCCAGCUCCUUGAACUCCUUUGGACCACCACGCAAGGUGGGCUAUGAGAGCAACUACAAGCCCAUGAACAGUUUGUACAGACCUGGCGGUGGUCAGUUCGGUGGUGCUUAUCUGGAACACCCACCACCAUCGGCAAUCGAUGGCUCUGACGGUGUUACCUACUCCAAGCCACCACCUGGUGCUCUUAUCUACGACAGCAAGCCACCUGGCCCAAUUUACACUGGCGGCUCCAACGGACCAGUCUACAACGGUGCUCCCAACGGUGUUCCUCCCUACAACUUUGAGAAUCCCGAGAAGCUUCAGGGUGGCAGCUCCUCCGUCAACGGUUUCUACAGCCAGCAAUCUUCUUCAUCCUCAUCAAGUGCAACUGCUUCCAGCAACAAGGUGGUUGUCGGUGCUCCACUCGAUGCAGGACUCCAGCAACAUGUCCAUCAUCACUAUCACCAUGUGGAGGGCGGCGAGGGUGCCCAUGUGCCCAGCGUAACGGUACCCAUUGGUGGCGGACAAACCAUUAAUACCGACUUCAGUGCCUUGGCCCAAUCCUCAGCCACAUAUACGCCACAGGCUCAGGCUUCCAGCUCGGGUUUCACACAGUCCAAUGCCUUCAACGCCGGUUUCAAUGGUGCCUCCCAAGGGGGUCUGCUCUCCCAGGGCUACAAUCCCGCCCAGAAACCCAAUGGCGAUCUGUACAAGCCCACAUCUGGUCUUGGCGGCUACGGCAGCAGCUCCAGCCUUUCCCAGUCGAAUGGUUUUGGUCAGAACGGAUUCGGUGGCUCACCCAGCGGCAGCUACCACAGCCAGAAUCCCGAUUACUACAAGAAGGAGUUGCAGAGUGGUGCAUCCGGCAGCUACAACGGACUCUCCACCGGAUACGGCAGCCAGAAUCAAGGUGGUCUUUACCAAGGUGCCGGUGGUUAUGACACUUCCCGUCAACAGAUUGUCGAUUGCCAGUGUGUGCCCAUCUCCCAAUGUCCUGCCGCCGAUCGCAUUGGACGCAAAGAGGAUUUGAUUCUGGCCAUUGAUCCCAGAAAUCUUGGCAAGGAAAUCGAAGCGUUGAGUGAUGAUGCUGUAAAUGCCACCAGCAAGGCUGACACCAAGGAGACCAAAGAGGAGGAGAAGAAGGACGAUGAAAAGAAACGUACUCGCCGUCAGACCGAUGCUGAUAACAAGGAAGAUGACACCGGAGAUCUCUCUUUGGAUGCCCAAGGGCGUCAAUUGCCCCUCGGACAAUCUGCGCUGGGUCUGCCAGCUCUUCAAGCUCUUGAGCUGAUACAGCGCAAAGUUCUGCCCACAUAUGGUGUCAGCUUUGGCUUGCCUUAUCCCACUUCCGGACAUCCAGGCGGCUAUCCCUCGAAUGUCCUGGGCGAUUAUUAUCCCGCGCAGAAUCCACAUUUUGGCGCCUUGGGGCCAAAUGGCUUGAAUCUUGGCCUGGUCAAUGUCAAUCCACUUGUCUCGCUGCAAGUGAGCAAAACGGAUUAUGGCGAGAAGGUGGUGAAGCCACUGGUGAAUCUUCAUGUGACGCCCAAUGAGAAUAUCAUACAGAAAGUGGGAGCUUUCUUCAAGAAGAAGCCCAGCGAGGUGCACAAUACGCAUUAUCAUCAUCACGAACACUUUGGCGGCUAUGAGCAUGAGCAUCCACCGCACCACCAGCACCACUACAGUGAGCCACACAGUUAUGAGAGCCUUGGACCUUAUAAACAUUUCGAUGUGGAGAUGGUGCACAGCACUCCAAUCUUUGAGUAUCACAGUGGUCCCUCGCUACAGCCGGCAGUUCAGCAUUAUCAUCACUCUGAUCAGCACUUUGAGCAUCACUCUAAUCACCACUCUGAAGCUCCCUUUGAUCACUCCUUCAACUCAAUAUAUCCUGGCUCGGCUCCUGCUGAUAUUGGACCCAGCGGCUUUGGCAGCUACAGAGAUUAUUCCCAGCACUACGAGCGCAGUGUAAACGUCACUGAACCCGAGUGGUCAACUCCUAGUCGACGUGGCAAGCAGCUCAAUUUGGGGCAACUUCAUAAUAUACCAACACAAGCACCUGGUGCGGCAGAGGGAAGUGAUUAUGUCACCUUUCCACAUGAUCGCAGAAGACGCAGUGUGCAGGAUCAAUCUGAGUUUGAGUUGAAAGCGGAGCAGCGCGCUUAUUAUGGCAACCGUCCUGUGGAGAAGACUUGCCGCAUCAAUGAGGUUUGCUGCCGUCGUCCACUGCGUCCACAAGCUCCUCCACAGCAGCUGGGACGUUGCGGCACUAGGAACGCAGCCGGCAUCACUGGACGCAUCAAGAACCCGGUUUAUGUGGAUGGCGACAGUGAGUUCGGUGAAUAUCCCUGGCAUGUGGCUAUUUUGAAGAAGGAUCCCAAGGAAUCGAUCUAUGCCUGCGGUGGCACACUCAUCGAUGCCCAGCACAUCAUCUCAGCUGCUCAUUGCAUCAAAUCACAAAAUGGCUUCGAUCUGCGUGUGCGUUUGGGCGAAUGGGAUGUUAACCAUGAUGUGGAAUUCUUCCCCUAUAUUGAACGUGAUGUUGUCUCCGUGCACAUUCAUCCUGAAUACUAUGCCGGCACUUUGGACAAUGAUCUGGCCAUAUUGAAGCUGGAUCAUCCCGUUGACUUUACCAAGAAUCCUCAUAUUAGUCCCGCCUGUCUGCCCGAUCAAUAUUCCGACUUCACCAAUGCUCGUUGCUGGACCACGGGUUGGGGCAAGGAUGCUUUUGGCGAGCACGGCAAAUACCAGAACAUCCUGAAGGAGGUGGAUGUGCCAAUUCUAUCCCAUCAUCAGUGUGAAUCCCAACUGCGUAAUACUCGUCUCGGCUAUAGUUAUAAACUCAAUCCUGGCUUCAUCUGCGCUGGCGGUGAGGAGGGCAAGGAUGCCUGCAAGGGAGAUGGCGGUGGUCCUCUCGUCUGUGAGCGCAAUGGAGUCUGGAACGUUGUCGGUGUCGUCUCCUGGGGCAUUGGCUGCGGUCAAGUGAAUGUGCCCGGUGUCUACGUUAAGGUGUCCGCCUACUUGCCCUGGAUCCAACAAAUCACCCAGAGCUACAAAUGAUUAACAACUGUCCGCACAGAGGCAACCACAGUCACCGCCUAUCAUGCAAUGGAAUCUGAGGAAAUCCAAUUAGAUGUUGACGACGCCUCCGACCAAUUUGUUUUUCACUUUUGAAGCAGCCAUUUCAACUUCCUUAUAUAACUGUCCCCUCAAUCUCUGUAUUUUUAUCUUUUUUUUUAAUUUCUAUUUUUAUUUUCCAUUUGUAUUUAUUCGAUCACGUUUGUUGGCCCACUCGAAUUACCGUUACCAUUACGUACUCGUUAGCUAUUUAGACCUUUUUUAUUUUCUUAUUAUCUUGUUACCUUGUUAUUAUGAGUUAUUGUUACAACCCACGCACACACACACACACACACACGUUUGUCACACACUCCACAAAGUCGCUCAUUAGAUAAGACUCGAAUUAUGGCCGGAAAUUCCCCGCAAGUGCCUUAUGUAUUGCAGUCCACUCAUGUUCCGACACAAUCCGAAUUGUAUCGUGUAAAA